ACUUCAAAACAAAAAUUUAUAAUGCUAAUACAGCAUUACUUUUCAUCAAGCUUUAACUUUCCAAUUUAUAUUUUGUUGUCAGCAUGCAGCCUGCUAAAGUCCUAAAUAAACUACUAAAGGAAGCUCCCAAGAAUACUAAAGGCAGCAAGGAGAUUGAGGAGUUGCGAAAACUGAUUAGGGAGCUGAUGAAACCGCGACAAGGACAACUACUUCAGAUCCUGAAGACUCGCAUGAUUGCUGCCACUCGAGAUGACUAUCAGGAUGACAAUCAGGACUGGUGGCCAGAUUACGAGCUAUUAACAUCAGACUGGCGAGCCAUUACAGAUAUGAAUGGUCUUUUAGUCUGCGCUCAGGAUGCUCUGAAGGGACUACCAGAUGAUCUGAAGGCCAUUGGUGAAAAUUUCGAUUAUGCCUAUUCGGUAACAAAGCCUAUAACUAUACGGAAAAAGACAAGGAACUAUUUUUUAGUAGUGGAACUUAUCGAGGACAUGGAGGACUUCGUAACGCAUCUCAGCCGCCUGUGCAGCAAGAAUCUGGACGAGCGAAGGGACCUGUACGAUCUGGCAUCGAUAACUAAGGACACUGGCGACCGCAUCAAGGUGAAAAUCUUCGAUGAACGCACCUUUGUGCAAUUGCAGUCGCGUAUCGAAAGUCUUAGGAACUACAUAAGAGACUUCAGCGCCCUAUUCGAUGUCCACUUGGAGUCCAAAGAGGAGGCUGCAUUCAAGCCAUUGUAUAUGUUGGCAAAACCCCAAGAACCGGUUGCCAUUGCUGAUAAGGUCCAGACUUAAGCCAGAUCGAUCAGGAAGUCAUCUCACCGUCUAUUCCCAAGGCAUGGCUUCCAACGGUUUUCAUUGUACAAUACCCACACACACACACAUAUACACGUAGAUACAGAACACAGAAACAUGACUCCGGCAUAUGGGCGGUAAUAAAGAGUUCGCCUCCAGUGUAUUGGAGUAUCUGGGAAA